CAUAUGUUCCAAGUAUGGCAGACAAUGGAAAAUAUAGAACAUAAUAUCCGUGUGCGUGAAUCUGUGAAACAAGGGGAGAGGUAAAAAGUAAUUCAUGUUAUCUGGGAAACAGCCCCCGAUUGUUUUUACCGUAGUAUCAACGGAAAAGAAAAUCCAUAGUUUCAGUUUCCUUAAUCUGAAAGACGGAACGUGAGAUCAAGAGAAGGUGGCCAUUGGUAACUGCUUCGGACACAUUUCUGGCCAAUUCCUGUCAUCCUCACAGCGAAAAACCGAAGAUUCUUCUCCAUCAAACCCUUCUAUAAGCUCUAAUCGAGCUUCUUAGAUUCAUCUCUCUGAAGAAGAAGACGACGGAAAAACGAUGCAGAAAACGGCGCAAUCGUGGUUCAUGGGUGGGCCCAGCAGCUUGAGCGAUAAAUCAACGACCACAACGUCCUCAUCUCUGGUGGCCGAUUGGAACGCAUACGCCGCUUCUCAAGACUCCGAUUCCGCAGGCCUCGGUUUUGACCUCGAGGCCGCCGUCCGUACCACCUCCAAUAAAGUCUCCGGCACUUUCAACGUGGUUUCUAAAGGAGUCAGGGACUUACCAGGAAGUUUUCAGUCUACAACUAGCAAUAUACCUUCUGGGAAAUCUUUGAUGUACUUUGGAUUGUUCCUUGCUGCUGGGGUGUUCUUUGUCUUCAUUGCAUUCACCAUGUUCCUUCCUGUCAUAGUUCUGGUGCCUCAGAAAUUUGCAAUCUGCUUUACCAUCGGUUGUGCUUUCAUUGUGGGCUCCUUUUUUGCCUUGAAAGGUCCAAGAACUCAGUUUGCUCACAUGUCAUCUAAAGAGAGGCUUCCCUUUACGUUGGGGUUUGUGGGCAGCAUGGUGGGAACCAUAUAUGUUUCAAUGGUGCUUCACAGUUAUAUUCUCUCUGUUCUCUUUUCUGUUUUACAGGUUGUUGCACUAUCAUACUAUGCUCUUUCCUACUUCCCUGGAGGAUCUGCCGGAUUGAAGUUCCUUUCUUCAGCAAUCACCUCUUCAAUACUCAACUGCUUCAGAAGGUGAUGUAGGGAGAUGUACAAUCUGUCUGCCGUAGAUAUUUUCUCUCUUACAAGAAAAAGAAUUUUCUAAACAAAUUAUUAUUAUUAUUAUUUUUUUGGAAGAUUCCAUGUGUGUUUAUUUUUUUCAUUAUUGUUUUUCUCAAGUUACUGGACUGCAUCUCUAGUUAAACUGGAGGCGUGUUAAAUGUGAAUCCUGAGUUUGUA